GGAGGAGCCGCCUCCGCCGCAUCAAAGAGACCGAAUUCCCGCGGCCUGGGGGGGAGUCAUGCUUGGCGGUCUGUAAUGUCAGCAGAACAGGAGAAGGAUCCCAUUUCGCUGAAGAGAGUUCGAGGUGGUGAUAGUGGACUGGAUGGGUUAGGAGGACCAGGUGUGCAACUAGGAAGCCCAGACAAGAAAAAACGCAAGGCGAAUACACAGGGACCUUCUUUUCCUCCAUUAUCUGAGUAUGCUCCACCACCAAAUCCAAACUCUGACCAUCUAGUGGCUGCUAAUCCAUUUGAUGACAACUAUAAUACUAUAUCCUAUAAACCACUACCUUCAUCAAAUCCAUAUAUUGGCCCUGGUUAUCCUGGCUUUGGAGGCUAUAGCACAUUCAGAAUGCCACCUCACGUUCCCCCAAGAAUGUCUUCGCCAUAUUGUGGUCCUUACUCACUCAGGAAUCAGCCACACCCAUUUCCUCAGAAUCCUUUGGGCAUGGGUUUUAAUCGACCUCAUGCUUUUAACUUUGGGCCACAUGAUAAUUCAAGUUUUGGAAAUCCAUCUUAUAAUAAUGUACUAAACCAGAAUAUUAACAUGCCUAAUCAACAUUUUAGACAAAAUCCUGCUGAAAACUUCAGUCAGAUUCCUCCACAGAAUACCAGCCAAGUAUCUAAUCCUGAUUUGGCAUCUAAUUUUGUCCCUGGAAAUAAUUCAAGUUUUACUUCUCCAUUAGAAUCUAAUCAUUCUUUUAUUCCACCUCCAAACACUUUUGGUCAAGCAAAAGCACCACCUCCAAAACAAGACUUUAGUCAAGGAGCAACCAAAAACACUAAUCAAAAUUCAUCUGCUCAUCCACCUCACUUAAAUAUGGAGGAUACAGUGAAUCAGAGCAAUAUUGAAUUAAAAAAUGUUAAUCGAAACAGUGCAGUAAAUCAAGAGAACAGUCGUUCAAGUAGCACUGAAGCUACAAACAACAGCCAUGCAAAUGGGACACAGAACAAGCCACGACAACCUAGAGGUGCAACAGAUGCCUGCACCGCUGAAAAAAGCAAUAAAUCCUCUCUCCACCCAAGCCGUCAUGGCCAUUCGUCUUCCGACCCAGUGUAUCCUUGUGGAAUUUGUACAAAUGAAGUGAAUGAUGAUCAGGAUGCCAUCUUGUGUGAGGCCUCUUGUCAGAAAUGGUUUCAUCGGAUCUGUACUGGAAUGACUGAAACAGCUUAUGGCCUCCUAACAGCAGAAGCAUCAGCAGUAUGGGGCUGUGAUACCUGUAUGGCUGAUAAAGAUGUCCAGUUAAUGCGCACUAGAGAGACUUUUGGUCCACCUGCAGUGGGCAGUGAUGCUUAAUCACAGGCAUUAACUAAAGUGGAGUUUUUCCUCUGUGUAUUACAGAGGUUCGGUGACACAGGAUUUUAAUGUUUUACAUUAUUUUUUUUAAAUGCACACAAAAAACAUUAUUUACCUUUUAGUUUUUAUUAAUAUUUCACUUCAUUACUAGUAUAACUUUGUAUUGUCAUUGUUUUCUCUCUUAAAUGAGAAUAAUGUAUGUGGGGUUCUUUAGAAACAAAUGUUAGUAGUUAUUUAUCAUAAACAUAAAAGCCUCUUGAAGCUUCAAAAUAAUAUAACAAAUGUAGGCAAGUUUUAACUUUUAAAAGUUAGAAGCAUUGAAAAUGUGUAUUUCAGUGCUGACUUUGGCUGUUAAACAUUUAGUUAAAAAGUUUUUGGAGGAUCCAUUUAAAAUGUUCCCAAACAUAAUAUGUGUAGGUAUAACAUGGGGGAAAGCAUACAUUUUAAUGGAUUUUUUUUUAAAUAAGAAGAGUAUGACACCAGAUUCCUCCUCCUCUAGGGUCUUUGAAAUUAGUGAAUUUCAUACUUUAAAAUUAGACUUUCCAGUAUAUCUGUACAGAUAUGACACAGAGAGAUUUUAGCAUAUAGAUUCUCAGCAUUUGCUUAUUAACUUGUGGAUUGUAUCACAUGAAAUUGCUAAUAUUAGAUCAAUUGAAAAUUGACUGCACUUAAUAAAGUUGACUUAAAGUGUGUUUCCAGUUGUACUAUUUAGAAUUACGAUAGUAUUUUGGUCUUAUUUUUCUUUGAAUAUUGAGUUGUUUUGUUAUUGUUGUCCAGAGAAAUAAAUAAUAGUGUCCUCUGAAGAAUUGUGAACACUUUCUUUUAUAUGACUUUAAACUGGGACAUAGUGCAAAUAGGAAGGUAUAAACACCAGUUUUGACUUUAGUGGACUCUGCUGGCAAAAGAAAUAACUACUCAAUGGUGAUUUGAAAAAUCUUGUUAUGGGGAUCUGAAUUUCCAAAACGUACCUCAGGGAAGAUCAAAAUCCAUUUAAACAAAGACCAAUUAAGAACCUAGGUGAAAGCUAACUUGUAAACAACCAGUAAUUUGAGGCCUUGCUGUAGGCUAAGGAGUUUUUGCUGUGACUGGGAAAUGUGUAAAAAUGGAUCUGAGAGUAUACUCUAGAGAGAGAGAGAAAGAACAGGUAUGCUCACUAAGAUUCAAAACAAAGAAAAAAAAAAAAAAGCAAAACAUGUUGAGAGCAGAUCAUAACUGGUGACCAAAAAAAAAACCAGAAAACAAAAAAACAACCCAAAUAAAUUAGACAAUAUAGUAUGACAAUUGAUAAUAAUUUAUACAAUGAUUGAAUAUUGAUGAAACUCCCUAUAUAAUAAUGCACCACAAUUAUCAUUGCAAUCAAAAAAGUUUGGAAGACGAUGGUGAUCUGUGAAGGAGAUAAUUACUACAUUUUGAACCUGGGGAAACAGUGAUAGCAGUAGCAUGUUGUCAAGAAAUCUGAAUUCUUUAUGAAAAUUUUGUUUGUUAACCAACAUCCUUGGUUAACAAACAUGAACCCUCAUUUUUACAUGACAGUACUUUACAUGUCGCAAGUCACUAAAGCAAAGUCAAUUGAUUUGGGCUGUGAAAUUUUGUCAUAUCAAUCAUAGUCCCUGGACUUUUUUUGUGUGUGUGUGGUGCUGGGGAUUGAACCCAGGGCCUUGUGCUUACGAGGCAAGCAUGCUACCAACUGAGCUAUAUCCCCAGCCCUAGUCCCUGGACCUUUAAUGAACUACCAUCUUUUUGAUCAUUUGGGGCUUUUUCUAAGAAACAACAUAUUCCCCAACUGAGAAUCAGUAACUGGAGUAUUUGAACAAUUUAUAUAUUCUAAGAAAAGGAUGAAUUAUAUAAAAAUGGAGAAAACUGCUAAUGCUUCUGAUACAUAUUUUGAUGGAGAAAAACUUACUUUAAAAAUAGUGUUCUAAUUUUGACCUACAAAACAGCAAUUUCAUAUGGUACAAGGUAAUAGAUGGCUUGUUCCUUUUACCCUCAACUAGUUAGAGGUGAGUACAAAAUAUUUUCAAUAGUUGUAUUAUGUAUAUCUUCACAAUUUUAGGAAAUGAAAUGAUAUAAAAUCUAAUACUAUGUGUUCUUUUUUGUGAAAACUUUACCAGUUGAAGCAGGUCAAAAUGCAUUGUUUUGGGCUGACUUUGGCAUUUGAUUAUGUUCAGUACAUACUUGAAGAUCCCAUUUUGCUGACUUUGUAGUUUUGUUAGAGAUAUAUAAUUUUCUAAAUGUUGAAGGACCUAGUUUUGUUUUUUCUGAAAUAUUCUUGAGUAACAAUUUUUAAGAAAUGAUACAGUGCAUGCUAUAUCACUACUCUUUAGCAUCAGAUCAUGACUUUUUUGACUGAAUAGAACUAGUUAGAUAUUGUUAGUGGAAACUUCCAAUGCCCUCAGGAGUUAACACUUGAUGUGGUAGGGUACUUGAUUUAUGCUCAUUGCUAAAAUUGUAUGCAGUUUCUUAAAACCUUCAUUGCUUACAGUUUACGUAGUUACCUAUUUUUGUGAAAAUGAAAUAACCUCUGCCAAGCUAAUCUAAAGAUAUUUAUGAGGUGUUUCUUUCACUUUCUAUCUCCAAGUGGUUUUUUAAAAAUCGUCUAAACAAACCAAUUUUUAUUCAAGUAUUUAGGUUUUCAAAAUACCUUACUUAAGUAAGAAUCUAAUGGUUCUAAAGGAAAAACCCAUGACAGAUUCUGGCACAAAUCAGCCAAACUGUAGUCAUUGCUGACAAACAUUUUCAUGUGUUUGAAUUAAUUUUCUUACUAAUUCUACAUUUGUCUCUACAAAACUCUUAAGUCAAAAAUCAUAUAGAUGCUAGAUACUGAGGGGUAGGAAAAAUGAUGAAUUCUGAGAAUGACCCGAAAAUUUGUCCAACUUAUGACAAAGAAGACUUAAACAAAUUGAUAGUUUUCUUAGGAAAAGUGAUGAGCCGUUCUCAACUUUAAAAAUAUGCAGUGAUAGAUACAGGUGGUGGAAUUGUACCUUUUGGGGUAUUAUCCCUUUCCUUCACCUCAUCUCACAUGCACAUGUAUAUAUACAAGGACAUACAACCAAGUAGGAAAUUAGAGUUUCUCCUACAUUCUCAAGUGUUGCUGAAGUUUAAACUGGCUAAAAAUAUUUAGCAUCUAGGCUCCCUCACUAAGGUCAGGUUACUGAUGAAAAGUUGUCAAGCAUCAGUUCCUUUCUUAGGACUUGUUUUACUCAUUAAUGAUUCCUGGUCCACAUGCUUCUAGAUAUUACUGGACACACUAAUACUGAAACAGCUUAGUCUAUAAUAGAAAAUUAAUUGUUCUUCAGAUAGAGUGCUUAGAAUUAGAUUUGUGAUCAGUGAUUUCCUUUUGAGUAAAAUGCUUUAGAAUACUAAUAUUAUGAUUCUUAUUACCCAAGCUAGGAAGUUAUAAACAUGAAAUGGAAGAUUUUCUUGUACUAGUGCUUAGUCUUCAUAGAUAAGCACAAUAUAAAUAAAUCCAGUUUUUUUGGUAGCCUUCUAUCCAGACUCUCAAUUUUGCUUAGUGGCAGGAAAAAACUCUAGUAUGGAUCACCAUGAAAUCUGCUGACUUUAAUCAUCCACAUAAAAUAAGUACCAAGAGUCUUCAUAUAACAUGCUUUCAAACUUUUGUGUCUUGAACAAAUUAGAAUGCUAGUAUUUAUUAUCCAACAUACUAACUGUAUUUAAUAGUAAGAAAAUACAUAAGCAGUGAUUUUUUAAAAGGGAGUUAUAAAGUAUUUUGGAUUUCUUUUGCAAUGUACAGAGGUUUCAUAUGCAUGAGCAUUUGUGCUAUUUUAGACUUUUUUUUUUUAAUUAAAAGAAGUUGAAGAGCAUCCAGGCUCCCAAAGUUCAUUUGUAAAUAGUGGCUUGGAACUCUAUAUAAAAUGAUUAUAUUCCUAGGGAAGCUCAUAAAGACUUAUUUAAACCAUAAUGUAGUUAACUGCUGUUAUCAUACCAGGCUCUCUGUUUUCUUAAGGAAACCAGUCAUGUAAGAGAAAGAAGCAGAGGUCUCUCCUUUUUUCUGAUGUGCUGAGGAAGGUUAAAUUCUGUCCUGUGGGUUGUUUCCCAGUGGCUCUUUUACCAUCUUAAACUCUCUGGUGUAGCACUGCAUAAACAGGCUUGUCUUUCCCCCUCCUGGAUGCUCUGUCUCUCAAAUUUUCCUGUCCUUCCUCUAAUCAGAAAUUGUUUGGUGGUAUCUGUUGGCUAGAUUUAAGAGAAAAGCAUUUUCUGCUGAGAUAUGAGUGAAGAUAAUGGAGAAAGUGACUUUUUUAAAAAACAAAUCUUUGGGAUGGGGAGGUAGUUCAGUCGGUAGAGUGCUUGCUUUGCAAGCACAAGGCCCUGGGUUCGAUCCCCAGCACCUCAAAAAAAAAAAAAAUCUUCAAAAUAAUCUUUAAUAUUAUCAGUAUGACCAUAUUUUA